UUCCACUGGCAGCGAUGUGUCAAAAUCGUUUAGCCUAGGAAGAACAUCAGAUAUUAAUGACAUUUAACUAGUCAGGGAAUUGCGAAAGCUCAGAUGUAAAUAGUGGCGGGCGCAAAGAAUGUAAAGACUCGUGUGUAGAUCGCAUUAACGAAGAGACUGCGAGGUAGACGGCGUAGCCGAAUUGUCAAGGAGUAUAUUGGGUACUGUCUUCGCAAAUGUACUUGUUAUUACUCAGUGAUUGGCAUUUAGUACGUGCGUGUGUGUUAAUUGACGUCAAAGGUGAUUUAAAAGGGUGCUAUUAGUCCUUUAAACCGUGGAACAAGGAUGAAGAAACACACCUGCUUCCUUCAAAGUAUGAAAACUAGAAAACGUUGAUUCACUAACAAGGCAAACCUCUCGAUGAAAAAAUCAAGUAAUCCGAUGUGCUACAAACCCUUUCACAGAAGAAUUGUUCCGUCGAUCGCUGAUAUUUCCAGCAGUCACAGGAGAAAAGCAAUGAAGUAAUCAGUGAUACGUCCAGUGAUCUCGUAGUAAAGAAAGUAUUAUCUAAAUACAAGACUGCUUUUUGAUGCAAAAACAAAAAGAUAUUAUACAGUAUUGUGACGUAAACAACGCAAUGGUUUGAUCUCUAAUUUUAAAAACCCCACUCGCGAUUCAUACAAGGCUUUAAUAUUUUAUAUAAUAGAAUGUCUACCAAUAAUACAAUGUCAGGCAACCCGGCAAGAGGCUCGAAUCUACCUAAUCGUAAUCUACAACGUUCUACGCUUUUAAAAGUUGUGAUAUUAGGUGACGGAGGUGUCGGAAAAUCCUGCCUAAUGAAUAGAUUUGUGUCUAAUCAUUUUGAUGAACACAGUUUUCAUACAAUUGGAGUAGAAUUUUUAAAUAAGGACAUUGAAAUCAACGGUGAAGCAUAUACUCUUCAGAUCUGGGACACGGCAGGUCAAGAGCGUUUUAGAACAUUACGCACACCAUUUUAUCGAGGAUCGGAUAUUUGCUUGUUGACAUAUGCAAUAGAUGAUAAAAAUAGUUUCAAAAAUUUAGCAUCAUGGAGAGAUGAGUUUCUCUUAUAUGCAGAUGUUCAGGAAGAAUCUACAUUUCCCUUUAUAGUAGUUGGUAAUAAAGUAGAUGUUCCAGAAUCAGAAAGACAAGUUUCAUUAGAAGAAGCUCAGGCUUGGUGCGCAGAAAAUGGAAAUCCUCCUUUAGUUGAAACAUCGGCAAAAAAAGCAACUAAUGUCGAAGCAGCCUUUGGUGCUGCAGUUGCGGCUUGGUCACAACUAGAAGCUAGAUUGGAACGUCCUCUUGUAGAUGACACGGUUGAUCUUUCUAAACAACAAUCCCCACAUCGCACGAGUUGCUGCAUGCCUAUAUCAGGCACUGAGUCUAACAAAAUAAUUUGAAGAGAAUUGCUUGUGUGGCUUCAAAACAUUCAUCACCAUUAAGUGUACACCAUUUUUAAUACUAUACAAUACUCUUUAACAUGUAUCUCGAGAAAAAAAUUGAUUGAUCUAUUCACAGUUAUGUUGAUGGAUCCAUGAAUGUGCUCAUUGAUAUAUUUUCGGUUAAGAAGGAAUCAACAAUUGAUUUAUAUCUAGUUAGUGUCUUUCGUUAACAGUUGUACUUUAAUUUCGUACAUAUAUGAAUCUAUUAGAAAUUUUAAAUAUGAUUUGCAGAACUUUUGAACAACUAAUGUUCGUGGUGCUUACUUUUAAUCUAUUAAAAUUCUGCAGAUCUUAUUAAAAUUCAUAUAGUAAAGAUUAUACAUUUUUAUAUCACUUCUACAUUUUUGUUAUCAGCGCAAAAUACUGUGUUGUAAAAUCGAAUUACCUGUUCCAUAACCUUGUGCGCAGUUUGCGACCUAAUAACAGUAUUUGAAGCUUCCCACUUAAAUCUCAUUGUGUCUUGUGAUAAUAAUAUUAGUAACUGUAACCCAUUAUCGUACAGCAGCUUUGUAAUUUAAUAUUGUCUUAUCCGCGUAUGUUGGAUCAUUAUAUUAAGAUUCUUGCGGUCAGAAAGUGCAAUGCCACGUUUAACGAGUUGACUGUAACAUUAAAAUCUCCGUAAAAAUUACGUCUUGCUGCAUUCAUCUCGCGAAUGAUCAAUGCUCGGUAUUUUAUAUUUUCUCUGAUGCAAGAGAACAUAUGAAUAAACAUUUAUAUAAGCGUGUGAAUGCAUGUAUUGUAUAUUCUAAAUGAGACAUCGUAUUUUAAUGCGGGUAUGUUAUCGUGGAAAUGGUUGGCGCGCUCAAGAAACUAUAACGUUUCUAUAACUAAAAUAUUUUUUCAAUUGUUGCGCAUGAUAGAUAUUGAUUACUGCGAUAAAAAUAUCGUUGCUUAGUGUACAAUUACGUGCCGAUAAUAUACACAUUUGUAACGGAAUCCAAAUAUUAGUAGAGGUUAAAAAUCGUGUAAAAGUAAUAUCAGGCAAUGACAUUUACGCUCAAUUAUCACAAUGUAUAAGCUACUUUUUACACAAUUUGGAUGGCGUUGAAAGAGGACAAAGAUGUCACGGUAGUAACUCGCCUUUCACCGUUCAUUCAGAAAGUUUAACUUGUGUUCCAUGUAAUGGAUAUACAACAAAAGACAUUCCUCAUAACAAUCCCGGGACACGGAAAAGCACAGGUAC